UCCUAUGGAACGGAUCGCAGUCGACCUAAUGGGUCUGUUAAAUGAGACUGAGAGGUACAAUCGCUAUAUAGUGGUGGUGCAGGACUAUUUCAGUAAUUGGUGGACGCUAAUCCAAUCCCUGAUGAGCAUGCAACAACAGUAGCUGAAAAGAUCAUCUCUGAGUGGGUGUGCAGACACGGAGCCCCACACUCCCUGCACAGCGACCAGGGCACAAACUUUGAGUCAGCUGUGUUCCAAGGAAUGUGCACCCUGCUGGAAAUUGAAAAGACACGAACUACCCCAUUUCAUCCUCAGUCCGACGGCCAGGUGGAAUGCUUUAACGCCACCCGGCAGAAAAUCUUAGCUACCACUGCUGAGUGAUGCCACUGGGACUGGGAUGUAAUGAUUCCCUAUGCACUUAUGGCGUACAGAGCAACCAAACACAGCUCCAUGGGACUCUCACCCAACAUGAUGCUCUAUGGGCGGGAAAUCACCGAGCCAGUCGACUUGGUGGCUGGUAUGCCACCCGACAACGACAACAUCAGCUCUCCUCCGUUCUAUGUCAUGCAGCUCAGAGAACGAUUUGAACUUUCUCACCAGCUGGCACGAGAAGCUCUGGGGAGGACUGCUGAGCGUGCCAAACAGCAGUAUGACAAAAACAUCCACCAAGUAGUAGAUGCAGUAUGGCACCUGAUAAAGGGCACCAAGAGAGUGAAGGACAAAGUACGGAAGUUCUUGCCUUCUUAUGAGGGCCCCUACUUCAUUGUGGGCCAGCUGGACGACUUGGUCCACCAUAUCCAGAGGAGCCAGAGAGCAAAAGCCAAAGUGGUCCAUCAUGACAAACUCAAACCUUAUCAUUCCAGGAUGCUGCUGGAUAACAGCUGGGUCUUCCGAAGCGCCGAUGAGUGGGCACCAGUGGAGGUCCCCCCUCCAGCAAACAGAAGCUCCAACGACACAGACAUUGGCCCCCUUGACCUGUGGGACACUCCGCCAGAGACCGAGGUUACUGCUGGGGAUGCUCUCCACUCUGCACUGCCAGUUCCACCAAGUCACAGACAGUCUCCUGAGAGCCCUUCUUGGCCACAGCUGGACGAGGCUGGGGCUCAGGAUCCUGGUGGGGCACAUGUUCAGUGUCUCCCUCCUGCCUUCACUCCACUUCAGAGACCCCGGAGGGUCCACAGGGUUCCUGACCAGCUUGGUGACUGGAUCAGUCACUGAGUAUUACUACGAACUGGAGAGACUAUAUUUGAGUUAGGUAGUGGUGAGAUCAUUGUUCCAGGAGACGGCAAGAAUGCGCCCUGAUCUCACCGGGAGCAACGGUAGUCUACCCGGAGCUCCCUAGUUAGGGAAGAAAAGGUAUUCAAUAGUGUUAAUUCUGUAAGAAAAAAGUUCCAGAACUGCAUUUUUGUAAGUUGGACUAGAUAGUGAGAUGUACUAAGCACUGUUCAUGUUUGAGGGCAUAUUGAAAUUGAAAUGCAUAGGCCUUGUCUAGGUGCGAAUGUGACAUGCUAAUACUUAGUAAUAUACACACUGUGGCUGCACUUUAUUUCGUUAGCACACUUGACAUGCAACCCAUUGUUGAAAUCCUUAUAGGAACAAAUAUGUUAGGAUUACAUGGCUCUAUUGAGAAAGAACUGCCCCUUUACUCCAUUGUAAAUGUAUGAAUAUAGUGUUACAAUUCUGCGAGGACAUGCAGUAGGCACUUAAGAGACAUUUUAUGGACAUUAUCUCUUCCACCUCCAAACCUUCCACUGGGGAAGGACCCAUUCAAGGACUGUGGGAAAUGUGGGUUGUGGGAAAUGUUCUAUUGUAAAAUGUUUCCCUCGCCAAUGUAUGUAACAGUGCUGGAGUGAUGUUAAGGGUUUAAUCAUCAUCCAGAGUGGGGGUAGUGUUGCAAGCCAAGCCUGCUCCUUUAAGAAGGUGGCUUUGUGGGUAAUGUGUGUGUGUGUGACAUAGUAGUGUAAGCGCCGGUAAUCGGAAGUACGUGUGUGUCUAGCCACAGCCACAGAGAAUAGGUGUAUGCCGGUAGAGGAGAAAUAAGUUACCACUGUUAGUGAAGCAAGAGUCAAAUGCAUCACAGAGAGACUAUGUAUUAAGUCCGCUGCAAUGCUGGAGUAAAGUGCCCCAUUCUCCACCGCAGAGUUGGUCUGGACUCUUUGUACAGCUUGUUACCAGCUACGAGCCAGGCUAAGCUAAGUGAGCUAGCGUCAUACCAGUGGCCGCCCAACUACCGUUCGAGGCCUGAGACUGGAGAGGUGGAGAGAGAAGCAUUGGUGCCACAGUAGUACAGAAGCCCAUUACUUCAGAGCAACCUGCAGGUACAAGACAUUUUCUAUUUUGUUAGUA